AUGGCAAUACAAUCAUCAACUGAUUUUGAUUUUGAUGAUAUAUUCUAUCAAGAUAAUGAACUAAACUUGUCAAUUGGCCAUGCUGAUUAUGAAAUAUAUCCAAAAGAGAUUAUUGAAUUUAUGACUGAUAUUAUGCAAAAUGGAAACACUAGUCUACACCAGUACACUAACAAUGAUGGAUUACCACGACUCAAAAGUAUCUUGCAAAAAAUUUAUACAUAUUUAUUAGGCGAGCAUGUACAAAUUGUCGACAAAAAUAUCCAGAUAACAAUGGCGUCGUCGGCGGCCAUCUAUUGUUCAUUGAAAGCUCUGGUCAAUAGUGGCGAUCACGUGAUCAUUAUUGAUCCGUCGUAUCCGUUUUAUGCACGUAUUGUCGAAAAUAUAGGCGGCGUAGCCAAACACUAUCCGAUGACCUAUGACCCCAUCGAUAACAAAUGGAUAUUGGAUGUGAUGGAGCUAGAACAGUUAUUUAGUCCAAUGACCAAGGCUAUUAUUAUCAAUACACCGCAUAAUCCAACGGGACGGGUAAUAACUGAAUCGGAAUUGUUAUCGAUAGCAAACUUGUGCCGCAAAUACAAUGUUAUCGCUAUUUGCGAUGAAGUAUACGAAUGGUUAGUCUAUGAGCCGAAAAAACAUUUUAAAUUUGCGUCAAUACCGGGAAUGUUUGACCGGAGCGUAACAAUUGGCAGUUUAAGCAAAUGGUUUCACGUAACCGGUUGGCGAUUGGGUUGGGCACUGACCGGCAAUAGUAAGCUAAUGGCCGACAUCUACCUGAACCAUAUGUGUAUGGUUAUAACCAGUUCGACACCCAUACAGGAGGCAACGGCUCGGAUGUUGGAACUGGAAUAUACGAAACUAAUAGCUACCGGUUCCGAUGGUGUCUGUAUGUCCGGAUCACCGGCCAUUGACGACAGUCAACGUUCAAUGUAUUGGACGAAAACGUGUCGGCAAUUGCAGGCCAAACGCGAUCAAUUGGCUAAUAUACUACAGGAUUUUGGACUGAAACCAUUGACUACCGAUGCCGGCUAUUAUAUUGUAGCCGAUUGUCUGGAUUUAUGCCGACGUCUAGAUUUGUCUGACUAUGUUGUCGGUGCUGGUAGUGGUAGUGGUGGUCAACAACAAUCAUCUAUUAAACCGUAUACAAUGGUAUUGGCAUUUAUUAGAUGGCUAUCAUCACAUGUACCAGUGCUUAGUAUGCAUUCAGUUGAAUCCAAUCGUUGUACAAACACUGGACGUUUGGCACCAUUUUAUAUAAGGGAUAUCCUAUGUAAGGACUGCUCGCGGAUACCAAUACGUCCGGUAGGUCUAAGAUGUUGUCGGUCGGGUAUCUGGUGUGACACUUGUGCCCAAACCGGGACCACCAGUGAACCCAUACCGUGUCUAUGCUAUGUUGAAACUGUACCUAAAUUGCCGCCCACUGCCGACACUGUAGAUCCAAAAAUUAAACGUAUAUUAGACACUGCUGUUUGA